AUGGAAUUUGCAAAUUUAAUUUUUAUUCACUUUUUUUUUUUUGUCUCUCUUUUUUUUUUCUUUCGUAUUUUUUUUUGUUCGUUUUCAUUUUUUUUCCCCUCUUUGGUUCGCUUUUGUUUUUCUCUUUCAUCCAUUUCGUGUAAUUUUCUUUCGUUUCACACAUUCCUUCAUUCAAUUUUUUCAGUUACUUUUUUUCUGACAUUUUUCCAUGGUUUGUUUCCAUUGAAAAUUUUUCGUCUUCCAUUCUUCUUGCUGUCUCUCCUUCCCCCCUUCCUUCCUUCCUUGCUUCCACAUAUUUAUCCUUCCUUACUUCUUUCUUUCCUUCCUUCAUUCCCUACUUCCUUCCUUCUUUCCUUCCUUCCUUCUUUCCUUCCUUUCUUCUUUCUUUCCUUCCUUCUUUCGUUCGUCCCUUUCUUCGUUCCUUCUUUCCAGCCUGAACUCAUUUUCUCUCUUUCUUUCUUUUGCCCUUCCUUACUCUCUUCUUUUUAUUCGUUUUCUUUUACUCUUUCCCUUCCUCUCCCCUUCCCUACAUUUUAUGAUUUAUUUCUCUCUCUCUUUCCCUUCCUUUUCUUCUUCCUAGCCUCCGUUCUUUCUUCCUUUCUUUCUUUUCUCACAUUUACUGCUCCCUAUUUCGUUCUCUCCUUUCAAAGUUUCUUUCACUGUCUCCUUACUCUUAAUCUUCUUUGCCCUUCCUUACUUCCCCCUUUCUUUCAUUCGCUUUCUUUCCAUUUUGCCUUUUUCAUUCAUUCAUUCUUUCAUUCAUUCAUUCUUUCAUUCUAA